CUCAUCCUCCCACCUCCACAUCCAAGGUCCACCAUGGCCUACGAGCCACAGAUGGACCUCACCCGCGAGCUCGAGAACCAGGCGGCCGUCGAGGCCGUCGCGGCCGCCGUCGCCGCGCAAGACGACUACCCCCCGCAGCCGGGGCACGGUCCGCCUCCGCCGCCAGCGUACGCUCGCGCCCGACACCCCUACCCCUUCGGCCCGCCGCACCGGCAGGCGCCCGACUCGCCGCUAUCCAAUUCGCAGCAGCUCCUGGUGCUCCGCGAGUUCUACGCGCGGAAUCCGAACCCCAGCAAGCGUGAGCUCGAGAUGCUGGCCGAGCGGACCGGCAGGCCGUGGAACAAGAUCCGCGAGUACUUCCGCCAGCGGAGGAACAAGCUGCGCGGAUUGAGCGACCUGGAGGCGAUGGAGGAGCCGGGGCGGGCGAGCAGCUGGCUGCAAGUCACGUAUCGUGCUGGACCGCCCACCGCCUCCGUAUCCCAGCUCGCCGUGUACAACGCGUACAAGACGCGUUUUGAUCCGUACACCACGUCCGCUCCGCUCCUCGGAGGGCAGGAGCUGAUCCAGCUCGCGUGCUCCACCUUCCCUGGCUGCGAGAUGGCGCGCGACGAAGGCGAUUACGUGCUGCGCGGGCUGCGGGAUAAGGACGGGGAGGUCGUUGAGGCCGAGUGGGACAGAGGCGUAGACGCGAUGGUCGAGCCUCUGCGGGGUACAACUUGGCUCCUUAGCAACUACCAGCACCAGGGAGAAGGAGGCGGACCCUCUCCAACCCAGGCGGAGCUGUAUACAGCGUACGCGGCGCGCUUCUCCUCCAUUGCCUCUGAGAACAACGAGGAGCAAACGGCCGAUCAGAGCGUGGACCAUUCCGUGGAGCAGAGCGUAGAUCAGAGCGGCGUCGAUCUUGCCGAGCUGGAUGCGGCCGAGCACGCUGAUCUCAAGGAUUUCGAGACCAACAUGGGCAUGGAGGGCGACAUGUUCCUGCCCCAGGACGCGGAACAUCAGCACGAGCAGCAUCAAUCCCACGAGCACAGCCAGAGCGAGCAGCAGCAGCAGGAGCAGCACGGACAGGAGGGACAGGACCAAGGGGAUGGGCAUGAGCCACAACCAGAACACCGGCCACCAACUCGGAUGCUCAACCCUGUUGAGCUGAUCGCGCUCACCCGCAUGACGUUUCCCAAGUGCGAGCCAGCAGUCGACGAGGACGGAAGAUUCGUCAUCCGCGGACUGGAGCGGCGCGAGGGGGUCGAGAAGGGGCGCGUGAUCAAGACGGCUGACAUGUUCCCGUUCGCGCUGGCAAACGCACCCGCUCCGUCCGACCCCGCACAUCCUUUCACCUCCUUACUCAAGCGUAAGCUCGCACUUCUCAAUCCUGAGCCAGACGAGCCAUCAAAGCGCCGUAGUGGCAUUGGGGUCAACAUUGCCGUCGACGCCGAGCCGGAGUUGACGGACGAGGAUCGCGAGCUGCUCGAUGGCUUACGGCGAUUCCGCCAUUCGAAGCUGGGGAGAGAGGUGCGUGACACAUGCGUGCAGCAGUAGGUACCACUGCAGGAUGGGGCCAUCAGCGCAGUCUGCAGGAAGUCAAACGAACAUUCAAAGAUGUAAAGUAUACUAUUAUUGCAUGUAACAAAUACCCUAC